CGACAAAUGAAGUGUGAUAUGGCAUCAUUCAAGCGUUAAAUUACCUUGUUCUAAAAAUUCUUUUCUGUAACUACAAAGAAGAUCUUAGGCACAUGACAAGUGUGCACAUUUUGUAAUCUAGUCAGUCACUUAUAAAAAUGAAUCCUACUCCGCCUUUUGCUCAACACUCUUAGAUCUUUCAACUUCGUUUAUAACGUCUCACAAGUCUUCUUGUUUCAACAGCUACUCCAUCGUUUUCAUUCUUGUUGUACCUUUCGCCAUUUGAGUAUGACAUUUUCAAGUUAAAUUUUGUCAAGAUUCUGCUAGGUUUCUCUCUACUUUGUUCUUUCUCAAGCUAUGGAUCCUUCACUCAGCUCUGUGUCCAUCCUUUAUGGGAGUAAGAAAGAGACAUGGAGGCGCACGAUUCUGCUAUCAUUUCAAACCCUCGGAGUAGUGUAUGGUCGCUUAAGUACCACCCCCUUGUAUGCAUUUGGAUCGAUUCAUCCUCACAACGUCAAAUCUGAUCAGCAGAUAUAUGAACUCUUCUCCUUUGCUUUUUGGACUUUGACAAUCAUUCCCUUGUUGAAAUAUGCCUUUAUAGUAUUGAAGGCUGAUGAUGGUGGAGAAGGUGGUACAUUCGCGUUGUAUUCCCUACUUUGUAGGCAUGCCAAGGUAGGGCUGCUUCCAAGUGAUAAAAGUGCUACUGAGAUUAUGCAUCACGAGGAACGAACUGCUUCUAAGAUGAAAGCGGACUCAAGGGCUAGAAGGGUAAUUGAAAAACACAAAAGCAGCCAUUACUUGCUGUUGUUUUUGGCUUUGCUUGGUUCUUGUAUGAUAAUCUGUGAUGGAGUUUUUACGCCUGCUAUUUCAGUUUUAUCGGCAACAUCAACUCUCAGACGUUCAUUAUCAAAAUUGGUAUAUCAAUUUAACUCUUCAGAGAACACAAGACACUCGGUUGACAAGUAUUUAACGAAAUAUUUACCAGUUCCUGCAGCAUGUGCCAUCUUGGUUUCCCUUUUCAUGUUGCAACGGUAUGGGACCAACAAAAUCAGCUUCAUCUUUGCUCCAAUUGUCGUUAUAUGGCUCAUGUUUAUCAGUGGCAUGGGUCUGUACAAUAUCAUCUGCUAUCCCAAAAUCCUUAGUGCGAUAUCUCCAACAUACAUGUUUAGGUUCGUUAAGAAAAUAGACAUCACAAGUUGGAAACUUCUAAGCAGCAUUGUCUUAUGCAUAGCGGGUUCAGAGGCAAUGUUUGCCGAUUUAGGUCAUUUUUCAAAGAGAUCCAUCAAGGUCACUUUUGUCUUUUUGAUAUAUCCAGCCCUUGUUUUGUGUUAUGCUGGUCAAGCAGCUUUCGUUUCCCACCACUUAGGAACGUCAGAUGAUGUUGCUCAUCUUAGUGAAUCUCUUCCUUCUAUUGGCCUUCAGCAUGUCUUCACCGUUCUGUCCCUUUUUGCUUCCCUCGUGGGUAGCCAAGCAACCAUUACGGCAAGUUUUUCCAUCAUAAACCAGUGCCAAGCACUUGGUUGUUUCCCCAGAGUAAAAGUCAUCCACACAUCAGAUAAAAUACAUGGACAGGUUUAUAUUCCUGAUUCAAACUGGAUACUCAUGGUCCUUAGCCUGGCAAUCUUGAUUGGUUUCCAUGACAUAUCCGCUCUAGGCAAUGCUACAGGUUUAGCCAUUAUUUGUGGAAUGCUAGUGACAACUUGCCUUAUGUCACUUGUAAUAGCACUACAGUGGGAGAAGACUGUGUUUCUGUCUGCAUUCUUUUUGUUAUUCUUUGGUUCCAUUGAGGCCAUAUACCUCUCCUCAUGUUUCUUGAACUUUUUCAAGGGAGCUUGGUGUCUUCUUGUUUUAUCAUCGAUUUUCAUGAUAAUCAUGAUCUCUUGGCACUAUGGUACUGUAAAAAAGUAUAAAUUUGACGUAGAGAACAAGGUGGCGGUCAAUUGGCUGACAGACCUUAGCCCUGGCCUUGGAGUUUCUAGAGUGCCAGGCAUUGGGUUCAUUUAUACCGAUAUUGUAGCAGGAAUCCCUGCUUUCUUCUCCCACUUCAUUACCAACCUUCCUGCAUUUCAUGAGGUGCUGAUCUUUGUGUCCUUCAAGUCUUUGCCAGUGCCACAUGUUUCACAAAAUGGACGAUAUCUCAUUGGCCGGAUUGGCCAUAAGGAAUAUAAAAUCUAUCGUUGCAUUGUUCGAUAUGGAUAUCGUGACAAUGUAAGGGAUACUGAUGAUUUCGAGGAUCAGAUUAUUAGCUCAAUAGGCGAAUUCAUUGCCCGAGAGGAUGGAGAUCAUGAAACAUUUACUUCACCAGAGGGCAGGAUGAUCCUUUUGGGAAGCCAAGUAACUGAAGGAAAUGUACUGAUUGCAGUGCCUGCAGGAUCCGAUCACAGUGAAACUGCUGUAUCUGUGGCAGAUAUUGAAACUCAAAGAAGCCCAUUGCUCGAUCCAUCACCAGCAGCCAGUGCGAAAAAGAAGAAAGUUCGAUUCAUGUUGCCUCCAAGUAGUCCUAAAAUGAAUCCAUCGCUAAGGAAAGAACUCCAAGAACUUGUUGAUGCCAGGGAAAGUGGCACUGCUUAUUUCAUUGGUCAAUCACAUUUAUCAGUUCGCAAGGGCUCGAAUUAUAUGAAGCAAUUCCUUGUCAUGGCGUAUGUAUUUCUGGACAAGAACUGCCGAGAGCAUCCAGUUGCAUUGAAUAUCCCUCAUGCUGCUCUUUUGGAGGUUGGCAUGGUGUAUACAAUAUGAUUUGCAAUUCAUAAAAUACCCAAUUGUAUAACAAGAAAGUUCAACUUGAUGAUUGAAUCUCAUAUGAAAUUAGGCGAAAAAUAUCAUUUGGUAUAACGAUAGGUAAACAAAAGUUGCAGGUACAGCCGUACAGGUAUUGCUGAGGGGCUUGUUACUGAUCUUCCAACUUUUGAGGUGGCUUCUAAUAUUAUCACCUUAAACAACUUAUCAUUUACUCCAUUUUUAUUUUGUUUUAGGCUUAUGUAAGAACAACUUGGCAAUCCAGCCUACUAUGGGGAUCCUUAUGUAGUAAUCUAACCUAUACUGAGCAUCAAACACUCUAUUCCUUACUUCA